CCCACCGGAGGUCUUUUGUUUCGGCCGAAUGGAACGGAGAAGGCAUCAAAAUUGCGGUCUCUACUCGAUGUAACCAGGUUUUUAAUCCAAAAAUUAGAAACAGCUGCGGUCAUUUAUAUAGCAAGCUUUGGGGUAUUACUGUGCUGCUUCUGGACAAUGGGAACCGAACCGCUGAGUCAAAUGAGGAAUUGCGCCUGGUUUGCUUUGUAUUUGGCCUUAAUGCUGCUUGUUGGCAAUCGGGCUUUGGCAGAGACAAGAUACUCUGUUGCAGAAGAGGUGAAGGAUGGCACCGUUGUGGGGAAUGUUGCGAAGGAUCUCGGCCUUGACAUCAAUUUUCUGACGGCCCGUCGGUUCCGUGUGGUGUCUGAAAAGGACGGUGCGUUCUUUGAUGUGAACCAGGACAACGGGGACCUUUAUGUUGUUCGGAAAAUCGACCGAGAGGAGCUUUGUGAGGGAAGUGGCGCAUGCUUAAUGGAGCUGAAGAUCAUCGCAGAAAACCCCUUAGAAAUACAUUACGUGGUUGUUGAAAUUAAGGAUGUGAAUGAUCACGCCCCGGUCUUUCCUGAAAAGGAGCAGAGGUUUGAGAUAUUUGAACAAACACUGCCAGGAAGGCGACUUCAGCUGCACGCUGCCCGUGAUCCCGAUGCUGGCUCUAACUCAAUACGUACGUACACCUUAACCGCAAAUGAGCAUUUUGAAAUAGACAUUCGUCUAAGUGAUGAAGAUAAAAUACCAUUUCUUGUGCUAAAAAAAUCCCUAGACAGGGAACAAAAAAGUAUGCAUUUGCUUCAAUUAACAGCUGCAGAUGGAGGCAAACCUCCAAGAGCUGGGACGUUAAAUAUUUCAAUUAUUGUUCUCGACAGUAAUGAUAAUCGUCCAAAAUUUAGUAUGGAAACUUAUGAAGUUGAAAUUGAAGAAAAUAUCCCAGUUGGAACGUCAGUGUUCAGAAUAAACGCAACUGAUCCAGAUGAAGGCAGUAAUAGUCAAAUUCAAUACCGCCUUGGAACAACACUCAAGAAAAAAGUCUAUGAUAUUUUUGAACUGGAUAAAAUAACUGGUGAGAUCAGAAUUAAAGGUGCUGUUGACUAUGAGGAAAAUGAUGUUUAUAAGUUGGAUAUUGAAGCGUCAGAUAAAGGUACACCUCCAUUAACAGGCGAGUGUAGGGUUAUUGUAAAAAUAAAAGAUGUGAAUGAUAACCCACCUGAAAUUGAUAUUACAUCACUUUCAAAUACUGUGUCUGAAGACUCAAAGCCUGGCACGGUGAUUUCUCUCAUUAGUGUGAAAGAUAAAGAUUCAGGCCUCAAUGGGAAAUUAAUUUCAAGCAUCAUUUCAGACGUUCCUUUUGAACUGAAGCCUUCUUAUAAGGAGAACACAUAUUCAAUUGUAACAAAGGGUUAUUUGGACCGAGAAGCGAUUUCUCAUUAUGUUAUAACUAUAAAAGCAACUGACUGUGGUGACCCACCGUUAUCAACUGUAAAAACACUUAACAUUCAAGUAACAGACGUAAAUGACAAUAAACCUAAUUUCUACCAAAAUCCGAUAAAUAUUUACCUGCCAGAAAACAAUGUGCCCGGAAAGUCGAUAUUCAGUGUGAGCGCUGCUGACAACGACUUGAGUGAAAAUGCAGCAAUUUCUUAUAAUAUUGCAAGAGAUGGUAAUCAGAAUGGUAUCACAUCCUUCCUUAACAUAAAUGUAGAAAAUGGACAGAUAUCAGCGCUGAAAAGUUUAGACUUUGAAACCUUGAAAACUUUUCAGUUCCAAGUUGUGGCCUCAGAUUCUGGGACUCCGUCCCUGAGCAGCAACGUGACAGUGAACGUGUUCAUCCUGGACCAGAACGACAACGCUCCAGUCAUCCUGUAUCCAGUCAGCUCCAACGGUUCUGCUGAAGGUGUGGAGGAGAUUCCCCGCAAUGUGAACGCAGGACACUUGGUGACCAAAGUCAGAGCCUAUGACGCUGAUAUAGGAUAUAACGGCUGGUUGCUGUUUUCCCUGCAGGAAGUUACUGACCACAGCCUCUUUGGUUUGGACCGCUACACAGGACAGAUCAGAACCCUUCGCUCAUUCACAGAGACAGACGAGGCUGAGCAUAAACUGGUCAUCCUGGUCAAAGACAACGGCAACGUUUCCCUCUCAGCAACAGCUACUGUGAUUGUCAAGCUGGUGGAGCCCAAAGAGGCUUUUGCAGCUUCUGAUGUUAAAAGUGCAGCAAAGGAUGAUGAGGAUACUAAUGUGACUUUUUACCUGAUGAUCACUCUGGGCUCAGUUUCAGUUCUGUUCAUCAUCAGCAUCAUCGUGCUGAUAGCAAUGCAGUGCUCCAAAUCCCCAGACUAUACUUCUAAAUAUCUCCAAGAGACUAAUUAUGAUGGGACCCUGUGUCACAGCAUCCAGUACAGAUCUGGAGACAAACGGUACAUGUUGGUUGGACCCAGGAUGAGCAUAGGAUCUACUAUAGUACCUGGAAGUCAUGCAAACACACUAGUGCUCCCUGACAGGAGGAGGACGUCUGAGGAGGUAAGGCUAAUUCAACAUCUAAAUGAAUUGAUCCAAAGGUGA